ACAUUUUCUUAAGGUUAAGUUUAGAUUUCGAUUCCCCAGUGUCAUGUUACAGUGCCGGAAAAUAAGACGUGUUUUAACCUAUAGUUUAGUUUGUUAAAUAAUUCAAAGUCAAAAAUGGGGAAGAAAAAAUCCCAUCAGACCCGGAAUUGUGCAACCGGCGAUCACAGACAUUUGCCUAAACAUAAACGCCAAGAAUUAAACAAUUUGGUAGAGAAGUUAUUGAAAGUCACCAGUAUUAAUCCUGAUGGUCCAGGUAUUGGUAAAUUAUGGGACCUCCAUGCUGAAUCACAAGUUAUUAUUGAUCGUAUCCAGCAAAUUGAAAGCGAGGUUAAGAGCCCUAUACACUUACAAAAUCGUAACGCUUCUUUAGACACGUUUUUAUCAUGGUUGAAACAAAAUGAUGCUAAAUUCGAGAGCAUUAAAAUUUCCCAUUUUCCCGACUAUGACUUAGGCUUAGAGGCUACUACACCUAUCACUAAAUCUUCUGUCAUCUUAGAAGUACCUCAAAAACUUAUGUACACGAGUCAAUGUUGUGAUGUAGCAGACUCCAAAAAGCUCUUCGAUACUGAUAAAAUGUUAACUAACAUGCCAAAUGUAGCUUUAGCUUUUGCAUUAGUCGUGGAAAGAUUGAAUAAAGACUCGUUUUGGAAACCGUAUUUAGAUGUUUUGCCUAAAGACUAUUCUACAGUUUUGUAUUAUAAAUCUAAUGAAUUGCAAGAGUUGAGAGGGUCUCCGAGUCUGGAGAUGGCUUUGAAACAGUGCAGGAGCAUUCGGAGGCAGUAUGCAUAUUUUUAUAAGAUGCUGUGGACUUCAUCUUUUGCUCUAUUUGAGAAGAUUAAGGAAAAAUGGACUUAUGACCUGUAUUGUUGGGCCGUGUCAACCGUGAUGACCCGCCAGAAUUCUGUUCCUGUGGGCGAAGGAGGCGUCAUGGUCCCGGCCCUGAUCCCACUCUGGGACAUGGCCAACUACAAAGAUGGACAGAUCACAACAGAUUAUAUCCCAGAAAAUCAGACAGUACAAUAUUCAGCUUUAGACGACUACAAACCAGGUGAUCAAGUGUUCAUAUUCUACGGAGAGAGAUCUAAUGCUGAACUACUCGUACACAAUGGAUUUGUCUGCAUGGAUAAUUCAGGAGACACUGUCAGUAUACGAUUAGGAAUUAGUCCAAGUGACCCUUUGGCCACUUCAAGAUUAAAAGCCUUGAUAGACCUGUCUUUACCAUGUGGUGGCACCAGCACUUUAUGUGUGGCUAAAAAUCCAGCACCAAUAACACCGCAAUUAUUGGCAUACGCCAGAGUCUUUAAUAUGAACCAAGAACAAUUAGAUCACUGGUUAUCAAGUGACCACAUAGAAGACCUCUUCCACAUGGACUGUGCAUUAGACCACGAAUUGGAGAAAAAGGUCUGGACUUUCCUUUUGACCAGAUUGCAAAUAUUGCUAUCGGUGUAUCCUACGACUUUAGAGGCUGAUAGAUUAGCUUUAGAAAAUAGUGCCAAAGCAAACGAAACCAGUGAUGGGGUAAAAUUGAGUCCUGCCACCAGAUGUGCCAUCCAAUUACGGUAUUCGGAGAAACUGAUACUGCAAGAUGCCAUCGAAUAUGUUAAGCAGCAUAUGAGUGCCUAAUGGAAGUCUAGGAGGAUCUUUGAGAGGCCAAAGAGUUUUAUUAAUUGAUAUAUGGAUGUUCCUUAUGAUAAGUAGAUAUUUACAUUUUUAAUUAAUAUAUACACCUAAGUCUGU